AAAGCAAAAGAAAACCGAAAUCAUCAGUUUCUAACAGCAGCCGAGUGAACAUCAGCAUAGAAAAUUCGAUCAGCUAAAAAAAAGUUUUCUACUGGUUUGAUACAGUUUUUUCUAUACUCAGCUCUAAAAAGUCUCAUUGAUCGUUCAAAUCUGUGAUAAAAGCAUAUAAAACUAUCGUGUAUUUGCUUGUAAAACAAAAGCAACAAGCUACGACAAAAUGACCAACAAGUACGAUGCACUUAAACCCUACGGAAGCGACAGUGACGAUAGUGGCGACGAAAGUACGGAUUUCGAUGUCGACAAGCUGGAACCGCUGGAGAUAGGACCGGGCGAGCACAAGCUGCAGUACACCUAUUGCCUUUGGUUCGGGAAAAAGGGUUCACACAGAGCUGCGGAGUACGGGAAAUCGUUACACUUCGUGGGUCGAUGUGCCAGUGUGGAGCAAUGGUGGACGUUGUAUUGCCAUUUAGUGAAGCCCACUGUCUUGAAACCUUUCAGAAAGUUACACUUAUUCAAGAGUGGCAUAAAACCGAUGUGGGAAGACCCAGGUAAUGUGCGCGGUGGUAAAUGGGUUAUUCGGUUAAGAAAGAACAAAGUGGACCGCGCGUGGGAAAAUGUGUGCAUGGCGAUGCUCGGGGAACAGUUUCUGGUCGGACCAGAGAUAUGUGGCGUGGUACUAUCGACACAGUUCCCGGAGGAUUUGCUCUCGAUUUGGAACCGGACUGCCACCGACACAACUAGUACUAAUCGAAUUCGGGACACGUUACGAAGAAUUCUGAAUCUGUCCCCUUCGACGCACAUGGAGUAUAAACCGCACUGCGAUAGUCUCAAGUACCUUUGAAGCUGUUCUGUUUCCGAAUUGCGCAUCGUUAUUCUGUCGGGUUCACCUCUCUCUCGGAAACUGUCAGGAUGGACGAUCAUCCUUUGGUGAAAUAAAACAUAUAGGAACUCAGUUUGAAUGGCGUCACUACUGACUGUCUGCUUGGCACUCGAGCAAGUAUUCAAAUUGUGAAAACUACUUUUACCGUUA